UGAAUUGAGGCUUAAAAAAUGAAUCAAAAGAUUUGCUGAAUUUGACUCCUUUUCCUCCUGGCAUUUACAAGUGCUCUCAUUCCCAGACAGAAGGCUCCAGACUGGAGAGCAGUUGGAGUAAUUGAUGGAGAGUCAAAAGAGAUAUCUUUAGAAGAUUAUUCUGGAAAAUAUCUAGUCAUGCUAUUCUAUCCAUUUGAUUUCACAUAUGUUUGUCCAACAGAGCUAAUUGCGUUCUCUGAAGAGUACCAGAAAUUCAAGGAUUUAAGUGCAGAAGUGGUGGCUAUUUCUGUAGACUCCCACUUCACACAUUUAGCUUGGAUGAAGACACCAAGGAAUCAAGGGGGUGUUGGAAACCUGAGGUAUCCUCUCCUGUCUGAUUUGACCAAGGAGAUAGGUGAGAGCUAUAAUGUCCUUGUUCAGGACAAGGAGGAUGAGCUCUUUGGAGCCCAUCUCAGAGGUCUCUUCAUCAUUGAUGGAGACAAGACUAUCAGAUCUAUCCAGAUUAAUGAUGCUCCUGUGGGAAGAAGCGUGCAUGAAACCUUAAGACUCAUUGAAGCCUUCCAGUACACUGACCAGCAUGGAGAAGUCUGUCCUGCAAACUGGAAGAAGGGUGAUAAGACAAUAGUGCCAGAUCAGGAAAAGAAGAGCAGCUAUUUUAGUGAAGUUUAUAGAGAAGAAUUGUAAGUUUCAAUUUUAGAUCA